AUGGCAUUUGCUAACAUGGAGUUCAGAGUUUCUGCGCCUUCUAGAUUUACUGGAUUAACACCAGCCGUUGCAGGCUCACGGAGAACCAGUCACAUUUUUAUCGCUCCAACAAAAGGAACAUUUACAAGAAACGGUAUUUACGCAGUCGAGGAACCGAUCAAAAGAGCCCCAAAGCGACCGAAAGCUAAAGACUACGAAAUCAUCUACAAAGCGUACCUGGAGAUAAGGGAAGAAAAUGGUGCUUUAAGGCAAGACGGUCAACAGUUACGAGAUGAACUUCUGCAAACGAAAUCGAAACUUCUUGUUCUUUCCCAGGAAAACGAAGAACUAAAGGCCCAAAUUUCUCAGCUUCCGUUCCCUGAAAACUGGGGACAGGUUAUCCGAGGAAAAGACGAGGAAUUGAAAAGACUGAAAGAAUCAAUUCAUAAAAUGUCGUACGACCGAGCUGAAGCAAUCAACAACAAGUCUGUGGCAGAACUGGCCGUCGAUGAACUGAAAUUGAAACUUCGCAACAAGGUUAAAGAAGUAAAAGACGCAAAGGAGUUGGAGAAAGUUCAGAGCAAAGCAAAAAUUCUCAACGAGACAGAGAAGUUGCGAAACGAGAGAAACAUCGCCGUCGCCAAUCUCACACGUCUUGAAGUUGUUGUCGACAAGCUUCGCCAGGAAGCCGGCCACGAGAAACGAAUAAGCGAAGAAAGAAAAAUGGUAAUUCAAGAAAUACACAAGAGACUUACAAGCAAAGAAAAGCAUGUUGACGAUCUACGAAAACAACUCGCUUUGUCGCGUCUUUUUAGCAAGUAG